CGCAUUGCAAACAGAAACAGCUGAUAAAACGAAAGAUAAACUUUGAUUCCGAAUUACGUUUCUUGAGUUACAAUGUAUUUCAAUUAAUUUAAUUGUACUACUUAUUAUUAAAAUUUAUUGUGACAGUGAUGUGAGUGUAAAAGGUUAAAGUGAAGUAAAAAACUUGAGACGGUGGCUGAGACAGUGUUUUGUUUAUAAAAUCUUUUCAAUAAAUUAUAACCUCAAAGGUAAACAAAACAAAACAGAAGAACAUCUUACAGCCACAAUGAAGCCGGUAGGCGUGCUGGUCUCCUACAACCACUCUGAGGGAGAACAAGCGAACAUCAUCACGGUGGCGGCGUCCGGCAUCAAGAUCUCCAGCCGCUGGGUGCUGACCCACGGUUCCAUACUGUCCCCGUUGAAGCAGGCCGAAUUAAUAAGCCGAGCGAAAGGCAAGCCGAUCCUAAGCGAUCAAUUCUACGAGCACCUCCCAGAAAUAUACGUCACUUGCGAGCGAGAAGACUCUGAAACAGACUACGAUGGAGUCGCCAAACUAGCCAGGAAGCGAGAGGACCCGUUGGAACUUGGCCAUAGUAGCUACCAGAUGAGGGUUUUAACUGGGAGGAUAUGCCACGUGUGGCAGUGUCCGGUGUUGGAUCGCUGUGUGGAGGACAUCCUGUAUAGCUGGACGAUAGGGCAUAGGGAUGGAGACGCUGAUAAGCAGAGCCAGCUCGGGAACACCCUGUUGUCUGUGUUUCUGCUGAUUGAUUUGGAGGAUCAGGUCAGGGGUCAGAACCACAAGCCUCUGCGGCCGUUAUCCGAGCUAUACGACGUGGUGGGGCCGGCGCCGGCGCGCGGGGAGCCGCUCGAGAUACACUCCACGCCUUUCGGCAAUGAGGUGUUCCUAAACUCAGUGUCAACGGGCGCGGUGUGCGGCGCGGCGGGGCGGCGGCCGGCGCUGCUGCUGACGGACGCUGCCACCGCGCUCGGGAGCGAGGGGGCGCCCGCCUUCACGAGGUGUGUGUGUAUUAAGCAGUUGAUCGGCAUAGUGGUGUGCAGCGUGUCCUGGUGGCGCGGCGAGUGGGCGGGGCUCACGCUGGUGGCGCCGCUCUAG